GCCAUGUGUAAGGGGAUAUAGUGUAUUGCCUCCCACCAAUAAUGAAGAGGAAAAAGCCAUGCUUCACAGGAUGAUGAGAGUGGACCAUGCAGGAGAAUAUGGUGCCAACCGAAUCUAUGCUGGUCAGAUGGCUGUUCUCGGCUGUACACAAACACGCCCACUCAUUCAGGAAAUGUGGGAUCAAGAGAAGCACCACCUGAGUAAGUUUAAUGAGAUACUGGGUGACAACAGGGUGCGUCCGACCCUCCUGCUUCCUUUGUGGAAUAUAGCAGGAUUUGCCCUUGGAGCUGGUUCUGCUCUCUUGGGAAAAGAAGGGGCGAUGGCCUGCACUGUGGCUGUAGAAGAGAGUAUCUCAGAGCACUAUAACAGUCAGAUCAGAACUCUAAUGGAGAAAGAUCCUGAGAAGUACACAGAACUGCUGCAGAUGAUUAAAGAAUUUCGGGAUGAUGAAAUGGAGCACCAUGACACUGGACUUGAGCAUGAUGCUGAAUCAGUGCCUGGAUAUCAGCUGAUGAAAGCAAUCAUACAGGCUGGCUGCAAAGCUGCAAUUUAUGUCUCAGAACGAGUAUAAAUGUAAAAAAAAAAAAAAUAGUAUU